AUGACUUCUGUUAAAAUUCUUGUUACAGGAUCAGCAAACGGAAAGUUUCAUGAACUUUUUAGUGGAAUUACUAAAUUUAAUGCUAAAUAUGGACCUUUUGAUCUAUUGUUAUGUGUUGGUGAUCUUUUCGGUGAAAACACGGACGAAAUAGAUUCUUUGCUGGACGGUAGUAUUAAGGUUCCGAUUACCACUUAUUUCAUGUAUGGUCAGCAUGAAUUGCCAAAGGUAGUCAAAGAGCGGGUUGAAAAUAACAAUGGAGAAUUGUGUCAAAGCCUUUUUUACCUUGGUGAAAAGGGUAGUAUAAACACAACAGAAGGUGUGAAAAUUGCAUUUGUUAGCGGGCCAUUAGGAAGUUUGAUAAGCAAUUUGCCCAAAGAAGCUGAUAUACUGCUUACUUAUGAAUGGCCUAAAUCAAUUACACGACAUUCCCAGAAGAGUGUAAAUGUUCCUCUUGAUAGUUGUGGAUCAGAAUUUGUAGAUCAUAUAGCUGCUACUGUAAAACCAAGGUACCAUUUUGCAGCAUCUGCAAAUACCUUUUUUCAACGGGAACCCUAUCAGAAUCCUCUAUCGCCUUCACAAAUAAGCGUUGACGAUGAUACACAACAAAAAUUUGGUACACCUACUUGGUUUGUAGGGAUAGCAGAUGUUGGCAAUUCUAAAAAGGAAAAGUGGUAUUUUGGAUUUAAUAUUGUACCCUUUGUACAUUUGCCGGCAGCUUCAUUAACGUUACCUCCAGAUAAAAUGACUCAAUCACCUUAUGUCAACAAGUCAGAUAAAAAAAGAGGUUAUAAUGAUGGAUUUGGGGAUAAUAAUUAUUUUUGGAAUGCGGGUGAUUCAUCAGGACCAUCAAAAAAACGUGGCAAACAAAAUCCACAAGGACCACCGCCUGAGAAUUACGUAUGUAACAGAUGUAACGUGCCAGGUCAUUGGGUCCAUGAUUGCCCAGAAAAAAAAAAAGCUUGUGCUAAAUGUCGAGAAACAGGGCAUCAUGCGAAAGAUUGCCCUCAGAAAUCAUCUGCAUCAAAAACAGAAGCAACAACAGCUGAAGGAGAAGAUUUAAAGCCUAAGAAACCACCUAAAGUUUAUGUAUGCAAGAGAUGUAAUGCAAAAGGAGCUCAUUUUUUUAUUGAUUGUCCUGAUUAUACUUGUAAAUUAUGUGGUAAAAAAGGUCAUACACCAAAAGAUUGUUCAGUGUAUAAAAGGAAACCCCAAAAUCCAAGCCCGUGUUGGUUUUGUCUAUCCAAUCCUAAAACGGUCAAACAUUUGAUAUUGUCUGUUGGAAAUUUGUUAUAUUUAUCCUUGGCUAAAGGAUCUUUAAUAGAUACACAAAAUCCUAAAAAGGCAACAGUACCAGGAGGUGGACAUGUAUUAAUUAUUGCAAUUGAUCAUUAUUCCACAUUUCGGGAUAUUCCAGUUGAAGAACAGGUUGACUUAGUUGAUGAAUUAGAAAGAUACAAAAGUGCAUUGAGGAAUUUAUAUAGUGAAUAUAAAGCAGGAAUGGUAUUAUUUGAAACAUCCGGUGCGAAUAAUAGUAAACAACAGCAUUGUCAUAUUCAAGUAGUUCCAGUACCAAAUAAAUAUGGCUCAAAUAUCAUCAAGCAAGCAUUUGAUAAUGAGGCAACAACUGUUGGUUUCAAAUUUCAACAACAAACGCAAUCUUCUUCUUCGCCAUUGCCACCGCAUUAUUUCAAAGUAGAUUUUCCUGAUGGUACAAGUUAUAUACAUGAAAUUGGCGCUAAUGAAAAAUUUGAUGUUCAAUUUGGAAGGAAAGCACUUGCUAAGCUUUUAAAUUGUACAGAUCGUGUUGAUUGGAGAGCAUGUGAAGUGCCCGAAGAUGUUGAACGUGCAGAUUCUGAAAAAUUUAGAGAUUCAUUUAGACCAUUUGAUCCAUCAGUAGAUAUGGAUUAA